AACGCGCUUCUUCUUCACCUCUCCAAUCCCCUUCUUCUUCUUCUUCUUCUUCUUCUUCUUCUUCUACCUCUCGAUCCCCUCCUCCCCUCCUCUUUAUAAGCUCGAGCUCCCCUCGCAGCUGCGCCUCACUCCACAUGCACUCUCGCCAUCUCGAUCUUUUUACCCAAUUCUUGAUCACUCUUCUUGGUCGUUCUUGCCAUUCUUGUACCGCGAAGCGAGCUUAGCUGCAACCUGCAAGAUCGAGCUAGCUAGCUAGCAAUUUAUCUAGGUUGGUGAGAGCAGGAAGAGAUCGAUCAAGGGUUGAGGGGUGAUGGAGAGCAUGGAGGGCAAUGGAGGAGGGCGGCUGGUGGUGACGGAGCUGAGCCACAUCAAGGAGCUCGUGAGGCAGCUGGAGGGACACCUGGGUGGCUCCGGCUCCCCCGACCUCUGCAAGCACCUGGCCUCGCAGAUCUUCUCCGUCACCGAGCGCUCCAUCGGCAUGAUCAGGUCCGGCCACUUCGACGGCCACCGCAAGCGCUCCGCCGCCGCUGUCGCCGCCGGUGACCUCGACUCGGCGACUCCCAGCCCCCUCAGCGACGUCUCCGACUUGCCUUUCAAGGCCACCAAGAAGAGGAAGACGUCGACGGAGAAGAAGAGGCAUCAGAUUAGGGUGAGCUCGACGGGAGGGGUGGAGAAUCCACCGGUAGAUGAUGGCCAUAGCUGGAGAAAGUAUGGGCAGAAAGAGAUUCUUGGAGCCAAGCACCCAAGGGGUUACUACCGUUGCACCCACCGCCACUCGCAGGGAUGCAUGGCGACGAAGCAGGUGCAGCGCACCGACGAGGACGCGACGGUGUUCGACGUGAUCUACCACGGCGAGCACACGUGCGUCCACAAGGCGGUGGCCGCCGGCGCCGGCAAGCCGGAGACGGAGACGGACACGAACGCCGCCGCCGAGAGCCGCCUCCACGACCUGAGCUCCGGCCUGACGGUGAAGAUCGAGGGGCUGACGGCGCCGCCGCAGCAACAGCAGGGCGGCGGCGGCUGGAACGCCAUGCCGCCGUUCUGCCUGUCGUCGCCGGUGAGCGGCCUGGCGCCGCCGGAUCAGCACAACCCGUUCUCCGCGCCGUCGACGCCGGAGAACCGCCUCGCCGCCGCCGCGUCGUCGGCGGCCUCGCCGGCGACCUCCGACUCGAUGGCCGCCGCGCCGUUCCACCAGGCGGCGGCCGGCGGCGGCGAUGAGGCGUGGCGGGACGCCGAGCUCCAGGAGGUGGUGUCCGCGCUCGUCGCCGCGACGACGACGACGGCGACCGCGCAGCCGGCGCCCGCCACCGCCAUGGUCGACGCCGACCUCUCCGCCCUCGACGCCUUCGAGUUCGACCCCGGAUUCACCAUUGAUAUCACCAGCUUCUUCGCAUGAGAUUAUGAACAGAACCAGAUCAAUGGUGACCAAACUCAACCCAAUCCAAUCCAAUCCAAUCCAACCCGAUCCGAUCCUCACAUAGCUGAUGAACACUAGAGAAGCAGUUCAUGGUGACCACCCUCUGUUCUUUAGCUGUUGCCAUGAAAGAACAGAGGAGGGAAGAAGAGCAGAAGCUUUCUUCCUAGGUCAAUAGAGAUGAGAAAUAGUAGUACUAGUACUUAAUUUUUCUCUCUUUUUUUUCCCCAAAUGAGAGUGUUUCUUUGUAUUAUUAUUAGUAUUAUUAUUAUUGAUUUGUGUCAAGGAAAAUAAGAUCUUGAUCAUGUUCUGAGCAUCCAAAGAAUAUAAUUUUGUCAGCAGUUUUAUACUCUUGAAGUACAA